AUGGCGAAGUCAGGCAAGAAGAGCAAGAACAAGGCCGACAACGGCAAAAAGAAUAAGAAGGGCAAGAGUCAAGAGACCUCAGAGACUCCCACACCUCAACCGGACCUCUCUUCUACUGAGCCUGAGGAACAGCAACUGGCAGCAGCGACACCUCUUCCCGACGAGGUCGCUGACUUGACAUCAGUCGCUACUCCAGAGCCAGAGCUCGAGCUGCAACCUGCAUCGCAAGUGACUGCAGUACCAGAAGUUGCGCCAGAGCCAGUACCAGAGUCACAGGAGUCUGCACCAGUGCUUGAGAUAGCUCCCGAACUACCUGAACUGCCCACAGAGACAGAGCAGCCUUUACCAGAGCAGCCUUCAGAACCAGAGCAACAGCAACCGCAACAAGCACCGCUCAAACCCGUCUCUACUUCAUUCGACUUUGGAACUCCAUUUCAGUCAGCAUUCGACGACGAUGGUUUUACUCAAAUAAACAAGCCCAGCAUUCCCACUGAGCCACAGCAACAUCUCGGCAUGAACGGUGUCCAGGUUGAAGACGUCCAUGAGCCUAGCCAGGACGAUUUUGGCGCGUGGGAACAACUCGACGCUGCUGAAGCGAAGAACGACGACGACGACAACGCUACAGUUCAACAGAGUGCUUCUGUAGGAGCUUCCGAUAGAACACCAGUUACAGCACCGCAGUCGCCUACUUUCAGCAUUGCGCCGGAGACUGCCACUGAACCUACUGAAGCUUGGCCAGCCUGGGAAGACAACGAGCGAAAAGCGUCUAUCUCUGAAGUGGACACCACACCUCGAGAAGCGGAAGCAGGGGUUGCAUUCUCCUCGAAUAACCCAUUCGCUGUGUCUCCUUCUGAGCCUGUUUCCGAGCCUGCCGUUGAACCUCCCGUCGAGCCUGUCGUCGAGCCUGUCGUCGAGCCUGUCGUCGAGCCUGUCGUCAUUGUGCCUGUCAACGAGCUUGCUCAUGAACCCGUCUCUGAAGUUGUUUCCGAAGCUGUUCAGGAACUUGCUCAGGAAUCCGCUCCUACCCCUGCUCCUACUGUCCUAGAACUGGAACCAGUCUCCGAAGCACAACCUGUCGCAGAAUCCCUGUCUUUGGCGGUACAAGAACCCGCGGUACAGCCGGAGCCCAUUGCAGAACCAGUAUCCGUGCAAGAACCAGAACAAGUAGCACAGCCUGAUCCGACUACGCCGACGCAAGAGACAUUCAUGGAGCCAGAACGUGCGAUGGAGCCGGCCCAGGAAGUUACUCCGCCUGCCUCAAAGCCUCAGUCCCCUGCACCUGAGACCGCCUCGCCUUCCUACAAGUCUGCAUCGCCUAUGCAAAGGGCAAUUUCACCUUCAAUCAGCAUCGCCGAGACUGUAGAUGGGCCUCAUACCAUCCCGCCUAUCCCUCCACCUGCUGCUCCCACGCCACCAGUUGCGUCACCCCGGAAUCAGCACGCCCCAACCAUUAAGGAUGCAACCUUUCCACCUCCGAGAGCGGCGCCCCCAACGCCGCCUAGUGCUUCUCCUCUGUACCAGCCCUCGUAUCCCAUGGACCAAUCCUACUCCCCGCGGCAGAAGCCAGCAUCCCCAGUGCAGCACCAACCCUCUCCUAUUCGGAAACACUCCUCGCCGCUACCGAAAAUCAGCAGUCCUCUGGCGCACGCCUAUACCUCGCCAGUGAUGUCUCCUCAUACCACGUCUCUACCGCCAAUGCCACCUUCCGUCCCUCCGUCCGUCUCACAUAGUUAUGCCACGGCCUACCAGUCUCCUGUGAUGAGCUCCGGGGGCUACUUUCCUCCUCAUUACGGCUAUUAUCAGCCCCAGCCCACCUCUCACCCCCAUCAUCCCAUGCAACGAGGCCCCAUGCCUCCCAACGGCGUGAAUCCGUUCCAGGGAAUGAGGGAUGCCAUCUACGGCAAUGAUCGCGAACACCCCGGCAGCAAAGGAGGACCAAUGGUACCUCCAGACCAAGAAGAUGCACGAGAGAUGUUGCAAAGGAUCCAGGAAGCUAUCCCGGACAUCAACCGCUUGCUAGGAACCUUCAAGCAUACCAAGACCAAGCUCCAAUCCCGUGAGGCGGAGUUCAAACAAUUGGAAAGCCAGCACAAGCAAGCGCUGAUGCACAAGGAGUUUUUCAUCGAGGCGCUACAGAACCAACUGCGAAAGACUGCCAACGAGGGCGCCGAAGAAGCCUCCAAGCUCAAGAACAUGAUCAACGAGCUUCGGAUGGAGCUGGGCAAUCUGGAAGACAAACGGAAGGAUCUCGAGGAGAAGCUCGCAGAUUCCGAUGGAGUGAUAAAGAAAUUGGAAGAAGGACAAGCCGACCUCAAAAACCAGAUCAAGGAGCUGAAUGCGAACAUGGAGGAAGAGCGUGUGGCGCACGGUCAGGCUCUCGAGAAGCAGCGCGAAGAGAAAGAUGCAGAGAGAGAGGAAGCUCUUACGACACAGAAGCAUGACUUGACCGAACUUUUUGAGGAGAUUAAAGCCGAAGACGAGAAAGCAGCCGCAGAAACUCUGGCAGCUCGCGAAGCGGAGUUGCAGGAGCAGCAAGAAGCAAUGAAGACAGAGUACGAACAGCAGAAACAGCAGAUGCAGGAAUCACACAACACCCUGCAGGCGGAGUUUGACUCGAAGCUCACGGAGCUUGCAUCCACCAAGGACGAACUCGAGCAAAAACAUCAGGAGCUUGAGGACGCCCGGAAAGCGCAUGCUGAGGAAAUCGAGUCCCUCGAAAACUGUCAUCAUGAAAAAGUCACCGAAAUGGAACGAGUUUGGCACGAAGAAAAGACUGGCUUGGAAACGCAACUCUCCGAAAAGACCGACGAGCUCGCCAACAGCGAGAGGGAAAACAAGCGACUGGAGGAGGACGUCCUCUCAAAGGAGAAACAACUCGAGCAUUCAGUUGACAGCAUGCGAGUGACCAUUGACAACCUGGACAAGGACUGCGACAGAUUGAGGAAGACUCUCCACAGUCUGGGAGAAGCCACUGACCUCAAGAACACAAAAGGCGAUACAUUCUUUCUGGACUGCUUCGAUCAACUCCAACGUCUUAUUGUCGCUCUUUCUAAAGAGCACUUUUCGUACCUACCAAUUGACCCUCCCCAAGAGGUCCUCUCCAAGCUCCCGCCAGAGCUGCCGUCGUUCCUUGACAACACUCCAGCGUCUCGCGAACUGCGCGCAUUGUACGUACAGCACGUUGUCUCGAAAACCCUAACCUACCGCAUCUUCCACCCCUUCCUGUUCACUCUAGGACGUCGAUAUGACAAGGCAGAUAUCCUCUUCCAGAUGCUUUCCAUGGACAUCCGCCGCAAGUCCGUCCGACGCGAGGCAUUCUGGCGCCAGCAAACCCUCAAAGCGGCGUACACCACUUCCGACGCGAAAGAGUCCAUUAACGUGGUAGCCGCAGUGAUCGUCGACGAAAUCAGCAAUCACCUAAAGCACUUUGCUGAUCCUCGACGCAUGGACUCUCUUCUUACGGGCAUCCGCAAGAUUGUGAAACUCGCGGCGGAAACUUGGAGACACGCGCGUGUCGAGCGCGAACUAAUUCUCGCCUCUCUUCCCGCCCCCGAGGCUGGCUCUCUGCCGAACGAGGAUUGGGAAGAGUACGACUCCCCAAAAGGAGAGCGCCCCAGCAGCCCCAAGUUCGAUCCUGCACGCCAUGUUAUUCUUCGACCGUUCCCCAGGAUCAUCCGCGAGGCUGCGCAUGAGGACUUUGUUGGCGACGAGGAGAAGGCGAACCCUUGCACGUACUCUCGGGGUGCCGUGCUGUACUCGGACUCGCCUGUCGUUCUUGCCCGGCUACAGGAGUUGGCAAAGAAGUCUACUGAUGCAUUGACGGGCACGGAAGACUUGCCUCGGCGGUAUUCGAGGGGCUCAGCUUAUGAGGCGCCACCUUCGCCUGUACCCACCGAGAGCACGUAUGUCGCUCAUGAUGCGUUAAUUGAUGGCGCAUCUGGGGACAAUUUUGCGACAGCAUGA